AUGAAUGAUACUACUGAAGUCCCCAAUCAACCAACUGAGAAUGAAAGGAAUCCUACUCUGACAAAUCCAGACCCAUCAUCAUCAAGUCCAGAAAUUGUCAACAAAAUACCAAGUCUUUUCAGCUUAGCCGCCGAAUGGCAAAUAAAUAAUCCACAAGAGACCUUUCAAAACAACAUCCUGGAAAAUGAUGUAUUAAAAAGAAUUAGUGAAAUUACUACUUUGAUCAAAGAAUCUUACAAAGAUCUCUCCAGCCAAGAUGGGAUGAUGUCUAAAGAACAACAGGAAAAGAUGGAUUGGGACUUGUUUUGUACCGUUCCUGUAAACAUUAUUGAGCAAUAUACAAAAGAUAUGGACGAAAUAUUUGAGAAAAUGGAAAAACUGGCAAAACAACAACGUCUGUGGUGUGAAUCUGCCUUUCAAAUCGAUGUGGAAAGAUGUGGGGACUCCAUUCUCAAUGCUGAGACGUGGAUGAAAAAGAAGGAGCGCUAUCUAGAAUACAAGAAUAUUGAAAUGGAAAGAUCCGCAAACGAAAUCAAGGAGACCAUUCAAAGAUUAACAGAUGAUAAAUAA